UUCACUUUGAUCCCCACAAGGCCACAAGGCCACAAGAUCAGAUCCAAAUCCCAAUUCUCAAACUCCAACGUCCCUCACCCAAACUAACUACUUUACCAUCCUCCGCUAUCACAAUCACAAUCACAAUCACAUUUAAUUAAAUACUGCAAUCCCACCAACACUCGCUCUUUUUUUCCUCUUCAUUUUGUUGAUUUGGAUGCUUUUUAGGCAACACAAAGAAAGCUAAUUCCCCAACCCUGAAAUUCUUCCUUCUCAAUUAUCACUUUCACCUAACUUUUGAUUCUUGACCAUGAAGAUUCCGACGAGUUAACGAUGAUAUGGAUGGAAUCGAAACCUUCUCCACCGCCGUCCAUGCGCUUGUUCGCGGCAGCAACAGCGCUGUUGAUUGGCCAGCAGCCGCCGUCUUCUGCAUUUGAACGACCAUGACCACCUUUCUUCUUAAAACCCUCCGAAAAUCUCUGCUGCAUUCUCGCUCAUGGACCCUUACACCUCUCGUCCAGCUGUAGUCAUCGAUAACGGCACCGGGUUCACGAAAAUGGGAUUUGCUGGGAAUGCAGAACCGUGUUUCGUAAUCCCGACUGUAGUAGCUCUCAAUGAUUCAAUCACCAAUCCUGCACGAACUAGUACUGGCAAGGGCAAUUGGAUGGUGCAGCAUAGCGCGGGGGUGAUGGCCGAUAUGGACUUUUAUAUUGGAGAAGAGGCGCUGACUAAAGCUAGAACUAGUGGCUCUUAUAACUUGACUAAUCCUAUUAGACAUGGCCAGGUUGAUAAUUGGGAUGCAAUGGAGAGGUUCUGGCAGCAGUGCAUAUUUGAUUAUCUGCGUUGUGAUCCAGAGGAUCAUUACUUUUUGUUGACUGAGAGCCCGUUGACAGCACCGGAGAAUCGCGAAUGUACUGGCGAGAUAAUGUUUGAGACUUUUAAUGUCCCGGGCCUCUAUAUUGCCGUGCAGCCCGUGCUUGCUUUGGCUGCUGGCUACACCACGUCCAAGUGUGAGAUGACAGGAGUUGUUGUGGAUGUUGGGGAUGGGGCUACUCAUGUUGUGCCUGUUGCUGAUGGUUACGUUAUUGGAGGCAGCAUUAGGUCAAUUCCAAUCACAGGGGAAGAUGUGACUGUGUUUGUCCAGCAGCUCAUGAAGGAAAGAGGAGAGAACCUUCCAGUUGAGGAUUCCUUUGAAGUAGCCCGGAAAGUGAAGGAGAUGUAUUGCUAUACUUGUUCUGACAUUGUCAAGGAGUUCAAUAAACAUGAUAAAGAACCUGCAAAAUACGUAAAGCAGUGGAGUGGUACUAAGCCAAAAACAGGGGCACCAUAUUCUUGUGAUAUUGGCUAUGAACGAUUCCUUGGCCCAGAGGUAUUUUUCAACCCUGAAAUUUAUAGUAGUGAUUUUACAACCCCUUUACCUGAUGUGAUAGACAAAUGUAUCCAGUCCUCCCCCAUAGAUACAAGAAGAGCCUUGUACAAGAAUAUUGUAUUAUCUGGAGGGUCAACCAUGUUCAAAGACUUCCAAAGAAGGUUGCAACGAGAUCUAAAAAAGAUUGUUGAUGCUCGAGUCCUUGCAUCAGAUCAUCGGCUUGGUGGACAAGUACAGGCGCAACUCUUGGAAGUAAACGUAGUUAGCCAUCCUAUCCAGAGAUACGCAGUUUGGUUUGGUGGCUCAGUGCUCGCAUCUACGCCUGAGUUUUACACGGCAUGCCAUACAAAAGCUGAGUACGAGGAAUGUGGAGCAAGCAUAUGCCGAACAAACCCAUUAUUCAAAGGGAUGUUUUAAUUUGAAGACCAAUCGAAUUAAUAGGCUGUCAUUUUCAUGAUGUCCAAAUGACAAGUGACAAUUUCCCCUUGCCGGCGUAUUCUGGGGUCGACGUAAGUAUACAGCUAAACGUGAUUUCUAUUUGAAUACAUGAUAGUUUGCCGGAGGCAAUGUACCAUACUUUUCUUCUAUAGUGUGACAAAUGGAGGUUCUUGUAUUCUUUCAAUAGGAAGCAACAUAAUUUUGAGAGCUACCGGCGCGCCUGCUUCUGUUUCGCGCAGAAAAGACUACACUUGGUUGCAUUGGCUGGAUAGCUCGAUGAUUUUUCCAUAGUAGUUCAGCUGAGUUAGGUCUGAUAUUGGUUUUUGCUUUUUAGUCGUUACUGCAUUGUUGGUUGAUGAAAGAGCAACAAAAUCAGCAUACCUUGUUAGAAAAUUGAUUUGUUUUAUUUGAAUUCAGAGUAGUGGUUACGCUUGUACAUUUCACCCCCCUUAUGACUGGAAGUCUCAACAGGAAUUUUACAUUUAGAAUUCUACUUUUGAUGGAAAUAAUAUAUGUUCUUUCUUUU